GAACUACUUUAUUCGUGUAGCUAAACUUGUUCAUGUGUUAACAGGUCAAAUGGCUGUUGUCGUAGAAUGAAAUUUAGUCAAAAUGAGCACAUCGGAAGUUGAACCACACAUCACAAAGAAAUAUGAAAUCAAGAAAAGAUUGGGGAAAGGAGCAUAUGGCAUUGUUUGGAAAGCAAUUGACAGAAGGACGGGAGAGGUGGUGGCUGUCAAGAAGAUAUUUGAUGCUUUUAGAAAUCAGACAGAUGCACAAAGAACUUUUAGGGAGAUAAUGUUCUUACAGGACUUUGGAGAUCACCCUAGCAUUAUAAAGUUACACAAUGUUAUAAAAGCUGAAAAUGAUAAGGAUAUUUACCUUGUGUUUGAAUUUAUGGAAACUGAUUUACACAAUGUUAUUAAGAGAGGAAAUAUAUUAAAAGAUGUACACAAACGUUACAUUAUGUAUCAGCUGUUUAAAGCAACAAAAUAUUUACACUCAGGGAAUGUCAUACACAGAGAUCAGAAGCCUUCAAAUAUCCUGUUAGAUAGUGAAUGUAUGGUAAAAGUAUGUGAUUUUGGAUUGGCCAGAUCUCUCUCACAGAUAAGUAUAGACUCAGAAACAGGGGAUCCAAAUCUCACAGAAUAUGUAGCUACACGGUGGUACAGAGCCCCAGAAAUAUUACUAGCAUCUCAUAGGUAUACAAAAGGAGUAGAUAUGUGGAGUUUAGGUUGUAUAUUGGCAGAAAUGCUGAUUGGUAAACCAUUAUUUCCUGGUUCAUCUACCAUUAAUCAGAUAGAGAAAAUAAUGGCAACAAUAGCUCGACCAUCAAAAGAAGAUAUUGCCAGCAUUAGAUCAGCCUAUGGUUCAUCAGUUUUAGACAAGGCUGCUACCAGACCUAAGAAGUCAUUAGAAGACAUGAUUGAGGAUGCUCCAAAAGAUGCAAUAGAUUUAUGUAAAAAAUUACUGCACUUUAAUCCUGAUAAAAGAAUAACAGCAGACGAGGCAUUAAGACACCCAUAUGUGUCUAGGUUCCAUAAUCCAAAGGAAGAAAUCAGUUUGAAUUAUGAUGUUGUACCACCAUUCGACGAUGUCCAGCUGACGGUUGAUGAGUACAGAACAAAGUUAUAUGAGAUGAUUAUGCAAAAGAAGGCAGACAGGCGAAGGAAACGUCAGGAGAUUAGAAGUGCUCAACAUAUAGCCCAGCAAGCCAGGGAAGCCACACCUCCUGACUAUGAUGAUGAGGAACCGCCCCCUGGAGAACCUCACUCUCACUCUCAUUAUGCAAGUCAGCAACAGCAGGUUCAGCAGCGGUAUGCCCGACAGGAUCCGGACACACCUCCCCCCAGAGCUCAUCAUCAAUCCUCAUUCUCAGCAAGUCAUGUUGCAUUUGGUAGAACAACCAAAGAGCAGCCACCCCCUUCAGCACCAGUAACCAAACAGAGAACAUACAUGAGGCCAAAGACUAAUGAAAGUUCAGGGGAUAUGUAUCCCCCAGGGUCAAGAGGUCGACAAGCUUCUGCCCCAGCUGGUACAAGAGGACCAGGGCGUCCAAUAUCUGGUGCAUACGGACAACAAAACAAUCCAAUAAUCACAAGAGAUGAGAAGAGUGGCGGUCUUAUGGUGAAUAGUACAAGAAUGGUUCCGGGUUCAAGACCAAACUCUGCAUCACAGCCAAGACAGAAACCUGUGUACGGCCGUAAGCAGUUUAGCAAUGCAAUCAACAACCCUUCCUCUGGUGCUCCAAAGGCUGUAUUUGGUAGUUAUACACAGAAUUUUGGUACCAUUACAUCAAGUGGCCUUGCUGCUAUCAAGAAAUCUUGAAAAAGAAAAUUGUAAGGAUUCAGUAUAGUCAGUGUCACAGAAAAGAAUUACGUUGAAGGAGAUUUUAUUGUAAAUCAGCAACUGACGUGUUCAUUGCAUGCCCUGAUAUUCAUGACAGGGUGUUUACUUUGUGUCAUACACUUCACUGUUAUACUAUGUACACAAUAAUGUCUACAAGACAAGAGUGCACAUUUUAUAUGUCAUUUUUAAUCCAACUGAUUUUGUUAAACAUGAACAAAAUGAAAUAAUUGUAAAUAAAAUCUUGACUAUGUUAAAAGAUUGCCACAAUGUUCCAAACCAAGACAUGGAGGGUUUUGCUUCACUUCAGUUUGAAAAGGUCCUUUUUACAAUAAUGAUUACAUUGUGUGUGAUGAAUAUUAUGUAAUAAAAUACAUUGUAAUGUUAAAGAAGAUAGAAGUGCUGAAAUGAAGCUUAACCAUGUUGCACCGGCCAGUGUGGAGAAGACAGGAAAAAAAGCCAAACUUAAUCAGUAUUACACUGUCUGUACAUAAAACAUUUGUUUGAUUGAUUGAUUAAAAAAAAGCUAAAUCAUUAACUAGCAAGUAAGGACAAUUUAUGGGUAAUAAGUGAAAUAACAGAUUUUUCUGGACUACUUACAAAUGAACGUGGUUUAAUUUUGACUAGUCUAAACUGAAUUUCAUAUUUUGUGCUAUUUAUUUCAGGAUCAAAAUAGUCAUAUUAGAAGUCAGCAGUAUUAAGUCUGGUCAGGGAACAAAGACAUACUAACUGACUUUUUACUGUUGGCUUUAGGUAUACAUGACAUUUAAUGAUUAUUAGAUAAUAGUUAUUUUUCAUACUUCCGUCCAUGAACUUAUUGUGUUCCAUCCAUUAUUUUUAUUAUUUUGUUAAUUAAUUAAUGUGCUAUAUAUGCCAAGUUACAAUAUCCUCAAGUUUCUUUUCAUUCAUAAAGAUCCUGUACUAAAAUUGAUCAAACUUUUGUUCUAAUGAAAGGGUAAUUAAGUAAAUGUUGAAUUAAAUAUCUAAAAAUAGAACAUACAAAAUUAAGAUUGUUGUAAAAAAAAAGAUUUCAUUUUGGUAUCAUGGGAUGAAAUUUGAUUAAAAGAACAUAUCAAAUGUAGUUUUCCAAAAUUUUAUCAUAUUUUAGUAAUUACCAUAAUGAUGAAUAAUAGAGAUAUAGUAAACUCUACCUGUAUUGAUAUCACUUAUGUCAUGAUUCUUUCAUUCAUUUACCUUGGUCCCUGCCAGCUUCUACCAUAAUCUUGUGUAAGCUGUUCUGCAUAUAUUGUUCAUAGCAUAAAGUGAUAAUUUCAUUAUUGAUAAGUGAUAAUUUCAUUAUUGAUAAGCAUUUAUAAUGAUAAGCUUGAUUUGCACCAAAAUGCAUCCAGUAAUUUCUGUAAUUAACUUAACUUCUUUUAUAUACCAAUAAUUGCAUUUUAAAUGUAUCUGAUAAACAUUAAACAAUGUGAGGCAUCGGUUAAAUACAUUAAGUACAGACAUUUUGGUUAUAAGGAUAUUGAAAAGUUGGGAUAAUGUUUCACCUGUCUCCUGGAUAUUAAUAUUUGUGGAGUUUACUAUACAAGUAUGUUUCUUAUAUUGUAAAUAAUUUAAAUAUUGAUUAUGGGAGUGUGAUAGACUUGAAGUUUUAUGCAAUUGUACAUAUUUAGUUUUUUGACCUUGAUGUAAAUAUACAGAUUAUUUAAAGUUUUUGUUGUCCUGCAAGAUGUGUUAUGUUACCAUUAACAGUGAUUCUUGUACAUUGUAUAGGUGUUUAAACAACAAUAUUAUAUUAUACACCAUGAUUAUUAUUGUUAAACUGUAUUAGAGUUUUAAAACCAUAUCUGUGAUCAGUGUAUUUUUUUUUCAUUUGCCACUUGUUGUUAACCUUCAGCUCUUGUGUCAAUUUAUGGUUGUGUAUUCAAACAUUAGGCAAAAUAUCACAAUAAAAGUGUCCAUUUUGUUGGCUCCAUUUUCUUGAUUUACAUUAAUGUCUCCACAAUGACCUUGUCUUAUAUCUUAUUAUUCAUCACAUUAUAGAAUCUGUUUUAUUAUUUUAUACCUACAUAAAUGUACAAAGGUCUUUUUGAAAGUUAAGUUUCCAGAUAAACUAAUUUAUAUGACACCAAAUUCUUUAUAGGGAGCUAACUCUUGAGGUUAUUCAAAUCUACAAUCUGUAUAUAAUGACAGUUUACCUCCCUUAGAUAUUUAACAAAUGUUUGUCAAUAGGAAGGUGGUCUUAUUUUGUAGUCAAACUACAUACAUUUACAUACAUUCAGUUGUAAAGUUAAACUUUCUUGCUAUGCUUCUACAUUUAUACUAUUACAAAAUAAACCAAAUGGUAUAAUUAUUAAUAAGACAUUGUGAUACUCAGAGCUCCCCUAGAAAUUUAUUAUUUAUUAUUAAAAAUCAAAGUCAUUUUCUUUUGGUUACUAUUCUGUAGAUCAAGUAUGUUUUUAUCAUAUUCAGUAGAGCUCCAUUCUGAAACAAAAAGGAUAUUUCAAAACUUAAGUGCUAUUUUAGCUAAGAUAAAGUUAUUUAUUUUAAGUUGUAGAUAUUUUAAGCUUGUUAUUUGACUAGAAGCUAAGAGAUUAACAUGACUAUAAAGGAAUGUCUCAAUUUCCGUACAGAUGACGUCAUAUUAACUCAUCCCUAUACAAAUUUUAAUUUCCUUGCAUGUUGUAUCACCAUGGUUACCAAAGAAUGUCAUUAGAUGUUGUAGCGUAGGAACACUAUUGGUCUAGGGUUACAAAAAAUAUUUUAGUUUUUUUUACAAUAAGUAGGUAAUAUAGAAAUAAUAUUCAAAGAGAUUAUUAUCAUUUAUGGUUAGACAUUAUUCUUAGUUGCCACCUCUCAUUACAUAUUACAUUUCAUUUUGAUCAUAAUUGUUGUGUUAUUCUUUUGAAAAAUAACUACACACAAGCUUACUGUAGUGAGUGACCCAGCAAGGUUGUAGGUAAAACUACCAACACUCGACAUAUUUCUUUUUGUGUAUGAUAUACUUAAAAAUAUCUAUCACAGAUCAAUUAUAUAUACAUGUAUAUGAUAUAUCAUAAAACUAAUUUGUUUAAAGUGUGAAAGCUGAAACUUUAAAAUUUUAACCAUGAGUUUUAUGUUUUAUUUUAAUAAUUGAUUUUUAAAAUAUUUUUAUCCACAAAAAUGUUGCCAGUUUUCAUAUAUUUUUACAAUUGAAUUUCAUUUUUUUAUUCACUCAACAUUCCAUUUACCAUUAUAUAGUGAAAACAUGAUCAAUAUUGCAUGCAUGCUAUAUUUUUCUAUCAAUGUUUUUACAUCAAUCUAAUUUAAAAAUAUGUUUUCUUUUGAUAUCAUGGUGUGGACAACAUACUGUAGUUAGAAAGAUGUGACAGCUCAUUUGAUGUUGUACAUUGAAUGUUUUAUGUCUAUCUGCUAGAAACAUUAACAUUUUGUAUGUAUUCAUAGCCAUGUUUAUGAGAAAAGAAAUAAAAAUUGUGAUCACAUAA